GGUGGAAGGAGGGGGAGAUUCGGGUCAUCGCUCAUAGCAACGGGAACCGGGCAAGAAAAGAAAUAAAAUAUCCCCCUUCCCUUCCAAUCCCAGCUUAACCCCCCUCCAUUGCGAUCUAAUUAUAUUUUUUAAUUGAUUCCCAUAAAGAGAAAAAAAACCCUAUUUUUUUAAAAAAAGAAUUACAAUGGCGGUUAUGAAGCCCGAGGCCUAACUUCACUCCUGAAGCCUCGGGAUCGAGUAGGUGGUUAGCCCGUACCGGCGCGCUUCGAUCCCGGGGUCCAUGAGGCGCUGAAGCUGAAGGGAUUUUUUUCUUUUGAGGAAAAGAAGAAAAUAAAGGAAACAAAUCAAAACAAAAGACACAGAUAUCGCCCGGAGCUCCCUCCAACCGCCCCCCCCUGCAACAACCACCCACCCAGCCCCCAUCAAAUAAUCACUGGAGGGAGGUAAUCAGCCAAGUAACAGGUGUGACCAGUGGACAAGUGUGAGCAGAGGUGACUUCCCAAAACCAGCGAUAACAGUGCUAGUGACUCACAAGUCCGAGUAUGUUGAGGGGGGCAAAUUGCUACUCUGGAAACCAAGGUUGUUCAUAUGUGGAAAUGGCUCUACAAGAUUUGCCAGAUAUUUCUGCUAUGACAGAUGAAGUAUACCGAACACGAAGCCAAAAGAGAGCAUUGGAGCGCGAAGGUCUGCAUAAUGAUGUGGAUAUGAAGAAACCAAAAAUGGAAUGUUCCAGAGGGAAUGAUAGGGACAGUGAACUAGAUGAUGUGAAAGGGGGAAUGAGAAUUAAAACCGAACCCGUCGAUCGGGGUGGUGGUCGGACUCCUGGGUUACUAAAAGGGCCAGGUGAAGUGAAAGCAACAAUUAAAGUAGAAGUACAGGCCGGUGAUGAACCUGUCGACAUGAGCACAUCAAAGAUUGAAAUGAAGAAGGGAAAGCGUGCACCAUCACCAGACAUCAUCAUCCUCUCUGACAAUGAAGCCUCAAGUCCCAGGAUGAAUGGGCUCUCAAAGGAACCGGGAAGAAACGCAAAUAGAGAUGAUAUUAUGAAGAGCACACCAGAGGAGCGAGAGAGAAUGAUUAAGCAGUUAAAGGAAGAGCUACGGCUGGAGGAAGCCAAACUCGUCCUACUCAAGAAACUUCGACAGAGCCAAAUUCAAAAGGAAGCUACCAUCCCGAAGCCUGCUGUCUCGACAGGCACUGCCAUGGCCACCCCACCCCCGCUGGUCCGGGGAACGCUGCAUGUUCCCGCUGGCAAGCCCAACUUCCAGGUAACCACUGCCCGUACAAUGGGUACAGUAAUUCCACCACCUCUGAUUCGUGGUGGUCAACAGGGAACCUCAAAACCUGGAUCCCAGCAGAACUCUCAGAUAGCAAUGCCACCAUUAGUGAGAGGAGCACAGCAAAUCCACGCCAUCAGGCCACAUGCCAGCACCGCCCCACCACCCCUGCUCCUGGCCCCACGGGCUUCGGUGCCGAGCUCCGUGCAGAUGCAGGGCCAGAGGAUUCUUCAGCAGGGACUAAUCCGUGUGGCCAAUGUCCCCAACACCAGCCUGCUCGUCAACAUUCCACAGGCAUCGAGUACGAUGAAAGCUUCAACAUUGAAUUCGGCUCAGUCAAAUGCCAACGCCAAUACAGUGUCGUCAGUCAUGAAUUCCAAUGACUCACCAGCCAGUCGGCAGGCAGCGGCUAAGCUUGCUCUCCGGAAGCAGCUGGAGAAGACAUUGCUGGAAAUCCCACCCCCCAAACCACCAGCCCCCGAGCUGAACUUCCUACCCAGUGCUGCAAAUAAUGAGUUCAUCUACUUGGUGGGACUGGAGGAGGUGGUACAUAAUCUUCUAGAAACCCAAGGUAAAAGUUCAGUACAGGGACUGACCCAAGAGCCAUACGCCUGUUCUCAAUGUAAAACUGAUUUCACCUGUCGCUGGAGGCAAGGGAAAACUGGCACUAUCAUGUGUGAGCAGUGCGUGACGUCCAACCAAAAGAAGGCAUUGAAAGCUGAGCAUACCAAUCGUCUGAAAGCAGCAUUUGUGAAAGCCCUUCAGCAAGAGCAGGAGAUUGAGCAACGGAUACUGCAACAGACAUCAUCAACUAUACAGAGCAAGCAGGACUCUGCAGUACAGCACCACACGUUGAAACAGAGCUCUGGGCAGCUGUCUCGAGGGCCACAGUCAAUUACAACCAACCCCCGAGGAGUGCUGCACACGUUUAGCCAAUCGUCUCAACUGCAAAAUGCUGCUCUUGUCAGCAGGCAAAAUAAGCACACCGAGCGAGCUGGGAGCAAAGGCAACACCACCACCUGGAGGAAGCAGAUUACCAACACAGGGGUUACAAUGGCAUACGUUAGCCCGAAUCUUUCGAUGCACAAGACAACUUCAGCCGUGGAACGUCAGCGCGAGUACCUGCUGGACAUGAUCCCUUCACGAUCUAUCAGCCAGUCGGCCACCACAUGGAAAUAAAUUGGGAUGGGGGUUGGGGGGAGGGA